AUGGGUCUCUACGCAACUGUAGAGGGGAGAAUGCUUCUUGGCGCUUGUGCAGAGGCCAACAACAAGAGAGCGUGUGAUGGGGCACGAACGCUCCCAACGACAUGGAGUCACGCCCCAUUCGAACAGACCCUCCUUCCACGAAGAGGGGCAACGCCAGGACCGAGGUUUGCUUCACUAUUUCAUCAUGGUCAUCUCACGUCUUUUCAUCUCUUCGUCUUCGUCUUCUUCUUCGUCUUUGACUUUGCUUCCACUGCACUGUCGUCUUCUUCCCUCCUUUGCAAACUCAACUUCGCUUCCACUGCACUGUCGUCUUCUUCCCUCCUUUGCAAACUCAACUUCGCUUCCCACUUCAACAUGGCCGACGACAAGCUUCAGACGUACGAUAUCCCCAAGACGUGCAAAGGUGGCGUAGUCGUCAACGAAGGCCCAGACUUCCGUGUGGAAGUUCAGGACGUUCCCACGCCGGAGCCAGGACCCACCGAAGUAUUGAUCAAGCUCAACGCGACUGGCAUCUGCUAUAGCGAUAUCCAUUUCAUGCUCAACGAUUGGGCGCUACCGAAGAUGUCUGCACUGGGCACAAAGUGCGCUGGCCACGAAGGCGCUGGUGUCAUUGUCAAGGUGGGAGAUCAAGUGAGGACGCUCAAGCCUGGGAUGCGAGCUGGGCUCAAGCCCAUCCAAGACACGUGCGGCGCGUGCGAGCUUUGCCGCGGUGGUCAAGAAUGCUACUGCGCGAGUGCGGUGUCCACCGGUCUGAUGUGCGAUGGCUCCUAUCAGCAGUACGUCGUCUCGCCCGAACGCUACACAACCAUCAUCCCCGACGGCGUCAGCGACUACAUCGCCGGUCCCAUCAUGUGCUCUGCCUCGACCAUCUACACGUCGAUCAGGGAGUCUGCACUGAAGCCCGGAGACUGGGCUGUGUUCCCAGGGGCAGGUGGUGGAGUCGGUAUGCAAGGCGUGCAGCUCGCCAAAGCCAUGGGCCUGCGCCCCGUAGCCAUUGACACGGGCGAGGACAAGGAGAAGAUGUGCAAGGACGUCGGCGCAGAAGCGUUUAUCGACUUCAAAAAGGUCGACAAUGUGGCCGAGGAGAUUGUUCGCAUCUGCGACGGCAUCGGCGCGCACGCUGUCUUUGUCACGGCCGUGCAAACGUACCCGUCUUCCAUCAGCUACCUUGGCGGCCGGGUGGGCGGGAAGGUCAUGUGCGUCGGCCUGCCUCCAGCGGGCACACUGCACAUCGACGUUGAUCCGAACCAGAUGUGCUUCAAGAAGCAGAGCGUCCAGGGCACGCUGGUCAGCAGCAUGGCUGACGUCGACAAGACACUGGAGUUUGCGAAGCGGGGGCUGCUGAAGCCCAUCUACACGGUCUACCCGUUGAGCAAGUUCAACGAGGCGGUCCAGAAGCUGAGGAGAGGCGAGAUUGUCGGCAGGGCGGUUGUGGAUUUCAACCAGGAGUAG